AUGGAUAAGAAGUCCAAGCACCUUGUAGCCACAAAGCUGCAGUAUGCUGCAGCCAAAACUUUGUACCGUCCGGCACCGACAUUCGCACAAUCCACCGAGGAGCACACUAAGCGGCGGCCGCCGCUGGAAAAGUGUCGUCUGGGAGUGCCUGGAGACCAGGCCAAUGCAAACAACGUUGCAAGCGCCGACCAAACAGAUGCCAGAGACGCCGGUAACAUCAACAAUCCAUCCGAUUGGACUACCACCAACUGCAACGCAGCAAAAACAAACAGCGAUGGCACCAACAUGCUGAAUGUGUUGGUGCGAGCUCCGGGUGGUGAUCCCAUCAUCCUUAUGGUGCGGGUGGCGAUCUCAGCUCUCAUGCAGUCCUUAGCAGUUGACGAUCUCGACCUGAGUGUGCUCUUGGAAUGGCAGGCUAUGCAGCCUACGCCACAUGGACGACUCAAAUACUCCCGCUUGUGUGUGACGCCAAGCUUCCUUCUGAGCCGACUGACAGGCGCAUCCCUGCAGCUGGCGCCGUGGGUCCGAGCGAGGUUCACAUUAGUCCGCAGCGUCUUCAAGGAGAUCCAACUGGACGACUGCGUCUGGAGGCAGUCCUUCAGGUUCAAGCCAUGUCUGGUAAGCGUCGCCGGCCGUUAUGACAGGUGUAAUCUGACGAAAGCCCCGAACCCUGACGGGUCGGAGAGCCGCGUUGUGGUGGACUGGUACUACGGCGAGGUGGUGAACGGCAUGGUGCCAAGGCACUUUGAGAUGUCCAAGAUCACCAAAGACGAGAGCGCCAGCCCCAAUGUACUGGAGAUCUUGCUCAGAGGCGAGAUCAUGAAGCCCGGUUCCACUUGGAAGUUCUCAGCUCGCGUUGCCUACGCAGUGCACAUGGAGAAUGAGGGCUCCUACGUCCCCUUCACACUCCACGUCGGCGACCUCCAGCCACCCGUGGCAAGUCUUGUCGGGCCUCACCGCGCGAACAAUGACGACUGCUCCUUCGCGUUGGAUGCUUCCAACAGCAUGGCUCGCGAGAUCAUGUACACUCCAGAGCGUUUGGGCCGCCGUUUGCAGGCAAACCAGACGCCGCCGGAGCCACUGAUGGGCUUGCAGUACUCGUGGCGUGUACGGCAGCUGGCCCUUGGUAUCGACGAUGCGCUGACCUACACUGUUCCCAACGUUGCCUUGGCCUUGAUCGACCUGGAAGCCUUUACCGGCUCACAACUGCUCGUUCCACAGGCGAUCCUGCCGGAAGGCCUCUUCGUCUUCACGGUGGAGGUUUACGACUCUCUAUAUCCCAGCUUGGUCUCAUCUGCCAGUGCCACUGUGUUGGUGGACAAGAAGGCCGCAAGAAAUCGUCACAAUAGAAUUGCAAUUGGCCAGCAUCGGCCAGCCGUCGCUAAGCUAAGUUGGACAAAACAACUUCCUGACUUCGGCAUGGUGCGCUGCUCGAUCCUUCUGCUGCUUGCCCUUGUGGCGGCAGGCGAUCUCUCGGAAGCUGGCACGGACGUUGUCAGCGGUUCCUUGGAUGGCACUGCGCUUGAUCUGGACGGCAAAGCAGCAGAUGCCACUGAUUCAGCUCUUGACGUGAACAGCCAGACCUUGGACAACAUCGAGCCAAUGGCUGGCGAGGAUGACAAGACCUUGGAUGGCACUCUGCCUACACUUGAUGCGGAUGGCAAGACUUUGGAUGACGGCACUGCGUCUACACUUGGUGUGGACAGCGAGACAUUGGACGGCAUCGAGCCUGCCGUUGAUGCGGAUGGCGAGACCUUGGAUGCCACUCCUACACUUGAUGAGGAUGACAAGACCUUGGAUGGCACUCUGCCUACACUUGAUGCGGGUGGCAAGACCUUGGAUGACGGCACUGCGGCUACACUUGGCGAGUCAUUGGCCGGCAUCGAGCCUGCCGCUGAUGUGGAUGGCGAGACCUUGGAUGACAUUCAGCCUACCCUUGAUGUGGAUGACAAAACCUUGGAUGGCACCGAUCCCACAGUCGAAGUCACGGGCGGCAUCUCGGAUGAUUUGGAUGCCUCCGAUCCGCUUGUUGAUCUGGAUGAUGACAUGUUGGAUGGUGUUGACCCCAGUCUUGUGGCGACUGACAGCCUCUUGGACAGCGCAGACCCCAUCCUUGGCGUGAGUGGAAACGGCUUGGAGUGGGCCGAUCAGUUUGCGGCAUAUGGAAACCUCACAACUACUCAGGCACCAGCGUAUGACUGCAACACUGACCUCUACCACUGGUCUGAGCCACACCGGAAAUGGUGUUGCAAACAUGAGAAGAGGGGAUGCCCCGACAUUCCCUUCGACUGCAGCUCAGGCUACAUGGACUGGAAGUUGGGCUGGUCCGAUGAGAAGAAGGCCUACUGCUGCAUGGAGAAGCAGAUCGGCUGCUACGAUUGUGACGCAGAGGUGGAGCACUGGGAGUACGCCUGGUCACAAGGGAAGAGGGACUUCUGUUGUAUGGAAGAGAACAAAGGCUGCUAUGUCUGUAGCAACCCCAAUCCCAACUGGCUGAAUGAGUGGUCGCACGCCAAGCAAGAAUGGUGCUGUCAAACUGCAGGCACAGGUUGCAAAAACAACGUUACAGUGACGACCACCUCAUCGGCUGCCGCACCCGCACCAAUGGCGACAACUGUUUCAUCCCUGGCAAGCAGCAGCGGAGCCACAAGUGCCACAAGCAGCGGAGCCACAAGCAGCGGAGCCACAAGCAGCGGAGCCCCAAGCAGCGGAGCCACAAGCAGCGGAGCCACAAGCAGCGGAGCCACAAGUGCCACAGCUGCCGGUACAACCACUGCGGACCCCCGCUAUGUUGCGCCGGUCUUUGCCAUCCUGACCACCGCAGCACCCGGGCAGACACUUCCCGCGAUGGUGGUAACCCCGUUGGAUGAAAACAACAACGCCCUCUUUGCUCGUAUGUCCCUGCUGCUCACCUCGGUGCCAGCCUACCUACCAAGAUUUGGAUUGGCCGCUUUCCUUGUCUCGGCCUUCCUGGCGUUGGUCUCUGGGAUGGCUCUUUGGCGUCGGUACCGGGCACAUGGAGAAACCGUCCGUGGCACGAUGGCGAUGCCGGACCUGGAGAUGGGCUUGGAAUGUGCGGACUCGCCCAUAAUCAUGCGCUGUACAGGCAAUUUUCAAGCAGGUGGGCUUUGGCGCGUGCGUGGUUCCCACAACGGACACGGAGGGCACUCACGAACGGACGACGUGGGCGCCCUGGUAUCUGCCCUUUCUCUUGACAUUGGCGUAAGUCAAUACUUUGAGUACGCGCAUCUCCUUGACUGUGGGGCUUUCCACUUCCCCACUCCUUUUGAUGGCCAUGAGGGCGCCCUCCAGACCUGCCAGAGCAAGGACUGCCUGGUGCAGAGUUCAGGUCCAUGGCAUAUCUUCAACGGCAGAGUUUUGAGACAUGCAGAGAUGUGCAGAGCCUACAUCAAUGUCCUGGCCAGGUUGAAGGAAGUCAAAGGGCUGUUGUCGGAGGCCGUCUUGAUUGCCCACAUUGGACGUCUCGAUGAUGAGACGUGGGCCCACAACUCUCAAUUCAGCGAGAUCCGCAGUCCAGCAGUUGUCGAUACGAUCGUGGUAGUCUAUGACACCCCGUCCUUCGUUCAGGGUGCUCAGAGGAGCCAGCCCCUGGUGGACCCGAUCCGAACUUCUGUGUUCGAGCUCCUGAAGAUUGGGAUUGGGCCAUCAAGCAGCCACACGGUGGGCCCCAUGCUUGCCUGCCGGAACUUCGCCAAGCGCUUGGUGAAGCAGCGGCUGCUUUCUGAGGUUGCUUCGCUUACAGUGGAGCUGCGUGGGUCCUUGGCACUGACUGGCAUCGGCCAUGGCACAAACAAGGCCUGCGUGCUUGGGCUCCAUGGUGUGGCACCGGCUGAGGUGGAUCCAGCCACCAUCGAGCCCUUCCUGGCAGAGGUCAAGGAACGCGGGAAGCUGCUGGUGGGCUUUCGCGGAGAGUUUAAGGAAGUCAGCUUUGUCGAGGAGGACGACAUUCUGCUGGUGGCAGAAGAACUGCCGCUGCAUCCAAAUGCAAUGAUCUGCCGCGCGCUGGCGAAUGACUUCUCAUGCUUGCUCGAGACUCGCUACUACUCGACUGGCGGCGGAUUCAUCCUGAGCGAAGAGGAGAUGCUGGCCGCAGACGGAGGGAGUCCGGGUGAUGACGGCGUGCCUUCCCCGGAGCUGCCCUUGCCGUUCCAAAGCAUGGCAGAGUUGCUCGAAAUCUGCCGGGUCCAUCAGCUGGACAUUGCCACAGUCGUGCGCACCAACGAGGAGGCGCGCCGCUCUCCGGCACAGGUGGUCGAGGGCCUCCAGGAGCUGUGGGCCGUCAUGGAGCAGUGCAUCGAGAGAGGGCUGGAGAUGCGGAAAGCCAACGAGGCCUUACCUGGGCCGCUGCAGCUGCGGCGCCGAGCACCUUCGCUCUACCAGGCUGCAGUGGAGGACGCCGCAAAGACCACGCGCGCCCCUGCCAAUAUGGUCGUUAUGGACGAGCUGCGAUGGCUCAACUGCUAUGCUUUGGCCGUGAUGGAGGAGAACGCAACGAUGGGCCGCCUGGUUACCGCUCCGACCAAUGGAGCCGCUGGGGUUGUUCCCGCUGUUCUGGCCUACUACAUGAGGCACUUGCGGCCGACGCAGCCCCUAGAAGCCCGACAGGACCCAGCUACAUACCUCCUGACUGCUGCGACCAUCGGCAUCCUGGCGAAGGAGCGGGCUUGCAUUUCUGGAGCUGCAGGCGGCUGCCAGGCGGAGGUUGGUACCGCCACAGCCAUGGCGGCUGCGGGGCUUUGUGCCGUACUCGGAGGCCGCCCAGAGCAGGUUGAAGCCGCAGCGACUGUGGCCCUGGAGCACAGCUUGGGCAUGACCUGCGACCCAGUCCUGGGGCUCGUCCAGGCGCCAUGCAUCGAGCGCAACUCCAUGGGCGCAACGAAGGCCGUAAAUGCUGUGGCUUUGGUACUCGCUUCGGCGGCCUCCCCUUCACCUUGGCUGAGCCUGGACGGCGUGCUCCGGGUGAUGAAGGAAACUGGUGCGGCCAUGGAUCGACGAUACCGCGAGACAGCGCUCGGUGGUCUAGCGGCGGACUAUGAGCGCAGCUUGGGGGCGACUCCGGAUCUGCAAGAAAAGGUCAAAGUAACCAUGGGGUUCAGUCGCAUUCAGAAGGGAACACGAAAGCAGUUGCGCAGGCAAGUCACCUACCAGGAUCUGGAACAGGACUUGAUCACGCGGCGAAUCUGUUCGCAGUCGAGGUCGAAGUGCUGA